AUGAAGAGCUAUAAACGACCCAAUUACUCACCUUUCGAAGUUCUUUCACCUAUUUUGGUUAUUUUUCAUCGUUUUUUUGAGUUUCCUUUGCAAAUUUUGUCCCCAGUAUUUUGCUUUUUAUUUGCAGAAAAAUUGGAAAAAUGGCCAGGAGACAAAUGCCGGAAGCUAGAAAUCGAAAUUUUGGUUUAUUCAGAAGAUAGCACUGCUACUGUACUUUUAAAAGGUAAGAAGCGUUCAGAAAGUCCGAACUUCAAAUCCAAUUUUUACAGAGAGCCAGGAAAUUCUCAAUUUUCUGGUACGUCCACUAAGUACUCCGGAAAAGAAACGACUGAGGAAGAGGAAGGAAGAAAAACUGGAACGUCGGAAGUGUCAAAUUCGCUGAUUUCGAGAAAAUUUCCAGCCGAUAACUUCUGUCAGAGUUUACUAACCGAGAUUCUACAGCGUCUUCUCCUCCCCGACUUGGACCGUCAUCGAAAAAAGACAAAAGCUGACAGAAGUAGAAGCUUCGACGCCGUUCCAGCUAAUACGAUGACAGCGGAAGAGAAUAAUAUAACUUUUAAUUAA